UCGGCAUCCCGAGGAUGAAGCCCCUCGCCAUUUUCCUGACUCUCCUGGCGAGCUCCCUGGCUGUGCCCAAAGACCUCACAGGCCAGAUGUUUGUUUUCCCCGUGCUGUCCAACACGGCCCACGUGCAGCUCACUCCCAAUAUCGAAAAGAUCUUGUUCAACGUCACCAUCUGCCUGCGGUUCUACUCAGACGAGAGCAAACUGCAGGCCCUCUUCUCCCUGGCCACUCCGUCAGCAAACGAUGGCCUGUACCUGUACCAGGGUCCCACGGGGGGUUACCACUUUGUUGUCGGGGAUCAGCUUGCCACCUUCUUGGCGUUGCCCAACAACCGCAACCAGUGGAACUCCAUCUGUGCCACUUGGGAUUCCUCGACAGGCCUGACGCAGCUGUGGGUCAACGGAGCGGCCAGUCCCAAGAAAGCCCUCCUCCCUGGGGGGUCCAUAGCUGGAAUCCCCAUCAUUGCCCUGGGGCAAGACAAGGAGUCUUAUGGUGGGACUUUCAAUACCGAUGACGCCUUUGUGGGACACAUCACAGACGUCCACAUGUGGGACCACAGGCUCUCGGGCAGCAAAAUGCAGUGUUACAUGAACAACCUGCCCUUCAAAGCAGGCAACUUCCUCAACUGGCAGGCGCUCGAGUUCACCAUGCAUGACAAGGUGGUGCUCGAUGACAAGCUUGAUGACAAGCCCUGCUCCGGUGACAAAGAGGACGGCGUCUAGAUGGGACUGAAGGGGCUGGUUUGCUCGGGGGUGGGGGGGGACACUGAGACGGAGGACUGCACAUGGUUUUCGUGACUUCUGAGCUGGAAGACAACCAUCUCCUCGCUACCCAGUGUGGUCUGGGCUCAGACCUGCCACCAACGCCCAACUUAUCCUUCUCCCGAAAAGCCACUGUGUGCCUAAUUGUAACUUGACACAAAACAAAGUGUUUUCUUGUUCAUACUUGGUAUUUGCUAAUUGUUUUCAGGCAAUAUGUGCUGUAAGUUUACCCAGUUCCUGCAGCAAUGUCAAGUGUUAUAGUUUCAUGUUUAAAGUGAUUUCAUGGAAAAAAGAAAAACUGAGCGUCAAUGAUCCACUUCAGUAAUUCACUUCAGUGUUCUGUCUGUUCUCGUCCUAUAAUGACACAAAUAAA